AUGGAGCAGAAGAAACAAUUUCCAGUUCCCGGGGAGACAUCCUUGAUAGAUCAUCAUGCAUCGUGCGACAAUACCUACGAGAGCAAUGGUAGUGUGCGGCUUGUCCCACAACCAACUGCAGACCCCUUGGAUCCUUUAACGUGGUCAAAUUCUCGCAAAUACGUCGCUAUGUUGAUCAUCUCCUUCUGGACAAUGGUGUUAGGGGCUGCUACGUUGAGUGGGGGCGUCCAGUACUCCGCAAUCAUGGCCGAAUUCGAGAUUGAUGUUGGAUACCUGAAUGUUUCUGCUGCGCUCGCACUUCUGCUGUGUGGAGUCAGUAACUUGUUCUUCAGUCCGAUGGCGUUAAAAUAUGGCCGUCGACCCGUCUAUUUGUUGUCCGCAUUUCUCACUUGUUUCGCCCAAGUACUGAUAGCUUGGGCGGUAAACAAAGAAAUGUUGACUGCUGGUCGGUGUCUGGUGGGUUUAGCAGCUGGACCGUUCGAGCAAUUGCCCGCCGUGUCCGUUGCAGAUAUGUUCUUCGUGCACGAACGUGGAUUUGGCCUCUCGUUCUACGUUUUCUCAAUAUCCUUCGGAUCAUUCCUUGGGCCUAUGGUGGCCGGGAUCGUCACCAAUAAUCUCGGAUGGCGAUGGGUGAACAAUAUUCUCAUCAUACUAGCGGCAAUCUCCUUUGUGAUGAUCUUGGUGGGUCUGGAAGAAUCAUCCUUCCAUCGUUACAGUAUCAUAGAGGACUCCUCGGUUGCGGUGGGGCAGAACAGUGAUAUCAGUCAUACUCUGGCGGCCUGCGACGACGAUGGCGAGUCGGCACGACGAAGGAUGGACUCAGUUCGGACUCCAUUCUGGCAAACGAGAAAGCUCAUUACUACCUCGAAGUCUCAACGUACCUUCAUGGCUAUGUUCACGGCGACGAUACGCCUGCUGUUCACACCCAUCAUCAUCUGGUGCGGUAUUGCCUACGGCGCAGCUAUAUCUUGGCUUUCGAUCAUGGCCGUCACCGCGUCAACUGUUUUCAUGAAUUCGACUUAUAAAUUCAAUUCUAUCCAGACUGGUCUGACUAACAUCGCGCCCUUUAUUGGCAGUCUCUUCAUGAUCUAUGUUGGUGGCCAGGCGACCGACAAAUUCCUGGUGUGGAAGGCCAAACGGAAUGGAGGCAUCAUGCAGGCCGAGUCACGACUUUACCCGUGCCUGAUCGCAGCGCCAGUAAUGGCCUCCGGGGUGUUGCUGUAUGGGGUAUGUGCUGCACAUGGCGUGAUAUGGAUUGCUCCUACAAUCGGAAUGGGCCUGAUCGGGGCUGCUAUGCCUCUUUUGGCGCAAGUGACCCUUGGGUACGCCUCAGAGAGUUACCCACUUUUGGCAGGCGAGGCGACGACCGGCAUGAUUUUGAUUCGAAAUGUCAUUGGGUGCGGAAUGACUUUUGCUAUCUCCCCGUGGAUUGAAAGCAGCGGUAUCCAGUGGUGCUUUGUGGAAGUCGCCGUUAUUGCGCUUCUUAUCAACUUGUCUGCCGUCUUGAUUAUUUGGAAAGGAAGUGUGAUUCGACGGAAGACGGCUGCGAUUUACUAUGGAAUUUUGGGUCUCGAAUGUUGA